AUGCUCUCACGUGUUGCUGCUGUGAAGGCACCCCGCACACACAACCGUCGCCGCGUGACCGGAUCCAGCGGAAGGAGGAGGGAAGGAAGAGAGAGUGAGCCGCAGAGACCCAACAUGUCGCGGCACCUCUUCUGCUCUGCGGUGCUGCUCCUCAUUGUUGUGAUGAUGUGCUGCAACACUGGUGGUGCUGCGGAAGCUGCGGAGCAGUCAUCUGGUCCAAAUUAUAAAUGGAAGGACGUCAAGGAUGAGGAGGGUGUAACUGUGGAGUCGUUGGGUGUUCCCGGCCUUCUAAAAGUGGGGAGUGACAUAUUUGCCGUUGCCGAGGCGCAGUGCAAGAAGAAGGAGGGUCAAGGCAGCUUUACUGGCAUUGCAUCCCAAAUUAUCACGAAAGAUAAUGCUGACACACCGGUGGAACUGCUAAAUGGAGUGAAAGAUAAGACACAAGUUUUGGAGGAAGACGGUUCCGAAGACCCAAAGAAGAGAAUAGAUGUGAGCCGACCAACAACGGUCGUGCAGGGAAAUGAUAUUUACAUGCUUGUUGGAAAAUACAGCCAGACAGCUGCCACUGGUCAGGAGGAUGGCGGAGCAGACGACUGGGGAUUAUUGCUGGUGCAAGGGAACGUCAGUGAUGAAAGCGGCGGUGAGAAAAGAAUCCAAUGGAAUGAGAACCAGCGACUGGUCGGCGCCUUUGCUGCUGAUGAACACAAAUGCUUGACGCAUCUGAUAGGCGGCGGUGGAUCGGGUGUUCAUAUGGGGGACGGCACGCUUGUGUUCCCAUUGGAAGGCACGAAGAAGGGUGAAGCACAAAACGAUGAAAAGGCCGUCUCACUAAUCAUAUCCUCCUCGAGUAGCACUAAGAGUUGGAUGCUAUCGAAGGGGAUGUCUGACGGUGGCUGCAGUGAUCCCUCCGUCGUGGAGUGGAAGGGCAAAAAACUCAUCAUGAUGACUGCGUGUGAUGAUGGCCGCCGCAGGGUGUACGAGACCGGUGACAAGGGGGAUUCGUGGACGGAGGCACUCGGGACACUCUCGCGCGUGUGGGGCAACAAACAGGGCGCAAAGGCCGUCAGAAGCGGGUUCAUCACAGCGACAAUUGGCGGUGUUGAUGAUAAGAAAAAGGUGAUGCUUGUUACUCUGCCGGUGUAUUCAAUUAAGGACGGUAAAAAAGAAAACGGUGAACUCCAUCUUUGGCUGACGGACAAUACGCACAUUUUUGAUAUUGGGCCGGUAUCCGGUGAAGACAAGGACGUUGCCACCAGCUCCCUGUUGUACAAAGGUGCUGGAAGUGGAGAUAAGAAGGAUGAGCUUAUUGUACUUUACGAGAAGAAGAAGGACGAUGGGGAGAAACCAUCACACAGUCUUUGGUCUGUGGUUCUGACUGAGCAGCUGCAGCGUGUGAAGGAUGUGCUGGCGACGUGGAAGAAAGUGGACGACCGUGUCUCCAAGAUGUGCCCUUCUAAAAGUGCUGUGGAGAGUACCUCACCUGAAAAUGCCUGCAGCCCUACUGUUAAGAUCACGGAUGGGCUGGUUGGCUUUCUGUCGGACAACUUCUCUGAUGGCACAUGGAGGGACGAGUACCUCGGGGUGAACGCCACAGUGAAGAACAAUGAUGAUGGGGGUAAGAAGGCAACAUUGCAUGAAGGCAGUGUGAAGUUCCAGGGAGCGUGGGCGGAGUGGCCCAUUGGCAGGCAGGGGGAGAAUCAGCUGUACCACUUUGCGAACUACAACUUCACUCUUGUGGCGACGGUGUCCAUCGACGGUGCGCCGCAGGAGGGAGAUACCCGCAUUCCUUUGAUGGGUGUGAAUAUGAAUGACGAUGGGAAGACUGUACUCCUGGGACUGUCGUACAACAGCGGAGGUAAGUGGGAGUUGUCUUGCGGUGGCGAAAACCCUGAGGAUCAAAGCCGCACUUGGGAGAAAGCGAAAAAAAAACACGUCGUAAUUUUGCUACGGAACGGCACCCAGGGUUCCGCGUACGUCGAUGGUGAGCGCGUGGGUGGGGAUGCGCAAUGUGAAUUGAAAGUGACGGAAUCGAACGAGAUCUCGCACUUCUACAUUGGAGGGGACGAACGCAGUGCGGGCGGCGCAGGGAUCCAAGACGUGUCCGUGACCGUGACGAAUCUCCUGCUGUACAACCGUCCUUUGACUCUCGAGGAGAUUGGCGCCCUCAACCCAAAUAAAGUCCUCAUUCCACCUGUGGUAUCUGACAAUGCCCAAGGAACCCUGUCGCAGUCCUCUCCUGCCGGGCAACCGCCGUCGGGGCCUAAAUUGUUGAAUGGAAAUGAGGGUGCGGGCGGUGGCAGCACGUCCACAUCAGCACCGUCCACUGCAACGACUUCCUUAGGAAAAGAGCAAUCCGUAAUUCGGCUGCCUUUAGGAACAUCUUCCGGUGGAAACAAAAAUGUGGAUGUCGCUUCUCCAUCCGAUGGUGAUCCAACGGUGGGAGCGGAAGCUGGAGGUGCGGUGCAGGGAGACACACCGCCCCAAACUCCUGUGGAUACCCCCGACACAGCAGAUCCAAACGCUCCUACCGCUACGAACGUGGCUCAAGUUGACCCCGCAGAUACAACUGAGGUUGGUGCGCGCUCUGGUGAGAAUGGAGAGACGGUGGGAGGGACGGAUGGGCAGAAACGGGAGGACAUCCAUGCACAGGACGGCGAAGUAAGGGCUGCGGCACUCAGCAGCAGCCUCGGAAAUGUGUCGCAGAGGAAUAACAGCGAUGCCGGCACUGUGCGUGGGAGCGGACUGCUGCCAUCGCUGCUUCUUCAGUUGGGACUGUGGGUGUUUGCGGCUCUGUGA